GAACUACUUAUUUCUCGAAUUCUCUCCUGCAAUGUUUUGAACUGUUGCAAGGUCCUUUUUUGUCUACGGGAUCGAAGGCAGAGGUGGCUUCAGCAAUCCCCAAAUCACUCUUUCGAGUUCAAAUGCUGCUUUGUGAUUGGUUUCAUGGUAUAAACAUGGGAUUGCCGAGUAAUUAUCUUGCAGGUCAGAGUGAUUCCAGAGCAAGAUACUAUCCCAGAAGAGGUUGCAACCACCGACUAAGAGGGAUUUACAGCGACGAGGGUCAUACUGAAAAGCCAACCGAUGUGGACGGUGGAAGAAGUCAGGAACAGAUUUGAGAUCGACGUUUGUCUCCUGCUAACAGGAAAUGAUGUGUUGUGCAUUUCUUUGGUUCAGGUCAGGCUUACCCUUCCGAAGCAGUGCGAGCUGAGUCAUUUUGAGCAUACUUUCCAAUAUUGGUUCAUAAUGAUGAUGAGUGUGUUCAGAACUUCAGAUAGUAAAGGAGACAUGGGGUUUCAAGUGGGAGACAUGCAAGGCACUAUACCCGUUACACUUGGGCUCUCGAGACAGCAUUCUUUCCUCAGCUUUGUGAACUCGUGUGAAUCAACAAAAAGAAGAAGAGUACCCUGUACCAAACAUUUAUGGCACCGUUUUGAAUAUGUAUCUAGAUUCUUAGUCAGUGUGCCAUUUAUUACUGCUGCAAUGGAAUUGAUGAUUGAAAAAAAAAACAGAAAAAAAUAAGAUCAUAUUUUAGUUAAUCCGUAAGCUCAAGAAAUGUAAUAUAGGAAUGUAAGAAAAUUUUUGUGCAGAGUAAUGCUGUUUGUUUGUUUUAACUAUUAUUAAAAAUCAAAUGAAAUGUUGUGGUAUUUUUUUUUUCUUCUU